AUGACUUACUGGAGUACAGCUUUCAGUAUAAAAUUAAAAAUUAAAAUUAUUGGCUUUCCUGAACAGGAUGAGCAUGAGUCUGCUGAAACUACCACGCAGUUGUGUUUAAAACUUUUCCAUGCUAUCAGGGCCGAGGGAGUGACAAAAAACGACAUUGAGAUCGCUCAUAGAGUGAAUAGCCGAAGGUCUGACAGCCAUUAUCCAAGACCUAUUGUGUGCAAGUUUAUAAGACGACUGGCCAAAGAAGAAGUCAUGGCUCAUCGCAAUGAAACGUCGAACUUAAACCCUGAUGAUCUGGAUUUAUCUGCUGAUUUUCACACGGAAAAUAUCCGAAUUCAUGAACACCUGAUCCUGAGAUUACAGCAACUUCUUAGCGAGGCAAACAAACAUCAAUUCCAGUACGUCUGGGUGAAGAUCUCUGAGAUUUUGGCUCGUAAAUCUAGUAGCUCUCAGGUCUUCAAACUAAAAUGUAUGGUCGAUCUUGACAAUCUGAGGCAAAGCUUGGUCAGUAAUCCAACUCAGGAU